GCAGGUUGGCGGGGAGUGCAGGGGUGGGGCCUGAGCCAGCCGUCAAGGUGGAGAGUCUGGGAGGCCGCUCCUUUUUUUGUCCGCCUUCCUCGGCUGGAGUUUAUGCAUUUGAGCAGUGGCUGAGCGCCGGAAAGUGACUGAAAGAGGGAGGAAAGUAGCGGGCUUCGUGUUAAAAGCACCGAGAGAAAGUCCCCUUUUCUUCGCCACACCCCCCACCCUCUCCCGCCCCAACCCCUCCGACUUUACCCAAACCCCGGACGGAGCUCGAUAAAAGCCGGACAGCCAUGGAGAACGCCGAGCAGGAGAAGCAGACUGAACAAGAGAAGCAGGCUGAGCAGGCGAAGCCGGCCGAGCAGGCCAAACAGGAGAAGCCGGCCGAUCAGGUGGCCAGCAACCCGGUGAACGAGGAGGAUGUCCAGAGGGCCAAGCUGGCCGAACAGGCCGAGAGGUACGAAGACAUGGCGGCCGCGAUGAAAGCGGUGACCGAGCGCGGCUUCGAGCUGACGACCGAGGAGAGGAACCUGCUGUCGGUGGCCUACAAGAACGUGGUGGGGGCCCGCCGAUCGGCCUGGAGGGUCAUCUCCAGCGUGGAGCAGAAGAGCGACACCGAUGACAAGCGAUUACAACUAGCCAAAAGUUACCGGGAAACAAUCGAAAUGGAGCUUAAUAGCAUCUGCGACGAAGUCCUGAAACUGUUGGAUAAUCACUUAAUUACAAAUGCUAGUAACUCAGAAAGCAAGGUCUUCUACCUAAAAAUGAAGGGAGAUUAUUUUCGGUACCUUGCUGAAGUUGCUUCUGGAAAUCAACGGGAUGAUACAAUAAAGUCCUCCAAAAAAGCUUACGAGAGCGCCUUUGAAAUCAGUAAAGUUGGUCUGCCGUCAACGCAUCCAAUUCGUUUGGGUCUUGCACUUAAUUUCUCUGUGUUCUUCUAUGAAAUUCUCAACUCUCCAGAGUGUGCCUGUGAUCUCGCAAAAACAGCAUUUGACCUGGCUAUUCAAGAUCUGGAUAUUCUACAAGAUGAUAGUUAUAAAGACAGCACCCUCAUUAUGCAGUUGCUCAGAGAUAACCUUACAUUAUGGAGAAAUGAGAAUUCAGGAUCAGCUGAUCCUGAACCCUCUGCAGCUGAGCCUGGAGAAAACAACUAAGUGUUCGUAGGGUCUAAUCCCCAAAAUAUUUUUACACCUCUCCAUUCCUUACUUCUACUCAAUUCCUAUAACAACUCAUCAGUACUGUAUGAAUAGCUAUGUAUGGAAAAAUCCCAAUUUAGUCUUGUAUACACCAUUGCUUUAAAAAAAAGUCCAUCCCUUGGUUGGUGUUGAUGGUUGUCUGCCUUCCUGGUGUGCAGCUACUGCUGUAUAAGCGUAUAUAGUUAACUUUAUAACAUAAGUAACCUCCAUGUAGAGGAAAGAAUGUUUAAUAUUAUAAAGAAGAAAUACUUGCCGUGUUUGUAUUAUGAACAUAAUUGGUAGAAAUUUGCUGCACUAGACAGUAUUUGGGUUAUAUUGUAAUUUUUAUUGCUCCCACACUUCACCUUUCCAUAUUUUGUUAUCCUGCUGAUAUUGGCGAAUGUGCAUCUACUCUUCUCUCAGUCCCCUUGAAGUUCAAAUGCUAUUUGCAGCAACUGGCAUAAAUCAAAGUUACUGUUACGCACGCACCCCUCUAUUCUGCAGGAGAACUUGCCUUAUGUUCUGCACUAAAAUGACAAGCUUUUUGUAAAAUUGAGGUUGAAGGCAUGUAAAAAUGUAAAAUCAAGCUGAAGAAAGUACCUUGGAUUUUUUUGGAAUUCUGUGAAUCUUCAUUUUUUCAAAAAAAACACCUGUCCACAUGAUUGAUGUUCACUUGUGUACUGUUACAGCAUGUUUCUGCUAAAGUUUGAGGUUGUGCUUGUGAAAUGUCACCAGCAUGACUCUGAUACACUGGAAUGGGAAACAAACUCUCCUCAGAUUGUGUGCCCACGAUAUCUUUUUAAAAGCAUAGUAUUUCUUUGCAGAUUUGUGCACAUGUAAGGGUGUUGAGUGAAAUUUGGCCCACUAAUUACUAGUCAUUUAUCAUAAUUCCCCAAAAGCCUUGUGGAAAUGUUAAUGCCCUCUAACACAAAAUAAAUGAUGUUUUGUAAACCAUA